AUGAAACGGACGCAAAGUCGUGUUCUUGUUGUUCACAGGUUUUCGCCGCUUCAUGCCCUUUCCUUUGCCGGUGUGGCAGCCGUAGCUGGUACUGCAACGCUAUGUCAGUUGGCAAAUCCUCUUGCUGCAACACUUGGAGUGUUAAAUCUCGUACUAUACGCAGGAGUAUAUACUCCGCUCAAACGCACGCAUAUUGCUUGCACUUGGGCCGGUGCUGUGGUGGGAGCGAUUCCGCCGUUGAUGGGUUAUGCUGCAGCAACAGGAACGAUUGAUGCAUCGGCUCUUUGUCUUGCCGCUAUCCUGUAUUGUUGGCAAUUUCCACAUUUCAAUGGGUUAUCAUGGAAUCUUCGAGGAGAUUACAGCAAGGCUGGAUAUCGCGUCAUGUGUGUUACCGAUGAGCGAUUGUGUCGAGUAACAUCAAUUCGACAUAGUUUGGCUUUGGUUGGACUUUGCAGUGUUGCUGCUCCUUUGACGAAUCUCACUACUGUUAGCUUUGCUUUAGAUUCCCUACCUGUUAAUGCAUAUUUAUGUUGGUUAGCGUAUAAGUUCUACAGUGCUCCAGAUGCCAGCAACUCACGCCGGCUAUUCUUUUAUAGCUUGCUCUACCUCCCCUUGAUAAUGAUUCUGAUGGUGGUGAGCAAUUACGGUCGGAGUGGAAAUAAGCAGAAAACCGUUUCUGAAGCGUGA